AUGAGCGAAGAGCACGGCUCGCGGAGCAACGAGGACCAGCAGGAGGAGGCCGAGCACAAGAUCAUCAACGAGGAGUACAAGAUCUGGAAAAAGAACUCGGUCUUCCUCUAUGACAUGCUCUACGGGCGCGCGCUCGAGUGGCCUACGCUCACUACGCAGUGGCUGCCGGACAAGAAGCCCGUCGAGGGCACUAACAUGAACCAGCACCGCGUCAUCCUGGGCACCCACACAUCGAGCCAGGCGCAGAACUACCUCCAGAUCGCCCACUGCGAGAUCCCGGACUUUCGCACCCCCGAGCUGUCCGAGCUCAACGAGGAGCGCGAUGAGGUUGGCGGGCACGGCCAUGCCAAACGGCCGUUCGACUUCAAGAUCGUGCAAAAGAUUAACCACCCCGGCGAGGUCAACAAGGCGCGCUACCAGCCUCAGAACCCAGACAUCAUCGCCACACUGUGCACAGACGGCAGGGCGCUGAUCUUCGAUCGGACAAAACACCCCCUGCAGCCGAAGGGCGAUGCUGUCCAGUUCGAAGCAGAGUGCGUGGGCCACGAGAAAGAGGGCUUUGCGCUGAGCUGGAGCCCCUUCCACGAAGGCCACCUCGCCACCGGUGGAGAAGACACGACGGUCAAGACAUGGGACAUCAAGAGUGGUUUCUCCAAGUCCAACAAGACCAUCAGCCCCACCGCCUCGUACACGAUCCACAGCGCAACAGUCAACGACGUGCAAUACCACCCUAUCCACAACUUCCUCAUCGGCUCCGCAUCAGACGACCUCACCUGGCAGGUCAUCGACACUCGCAUGGAGUCACACAAGACUGCGCUUUGGAGGAAGGUCGCACACAGCGAUGCUGUCAACAGCAUUGCCUUCCACCCUGAGUUUGACUCGUUGUUGGCGACUGGUUCCGCAGACAAGACUAUCGGCAUCUGGGAUCUCCGCAACUUUGAGAAGCCUCUGCACAGCCUGCAAGGCCAUCGCAGCGAUGUCAUCGGCUUGCAGUGGCACCCACAGGACGCUGCUAUCCUCGCAAGUUCCAGCUACGAUCGCCGUAUCUUGUUGUGGGAUACAAGCAAGAUUGGCGACGAGCAGAUGGAGGAGGAGGCUGAGGAUGGCCCGCCUGAAUUGCUCUACAUGCACGGUGGCUUCACAAACAGAAUCUGCGACUUCGACUGGAACAAGAACGAUCCCUGGGUCAUGAUGGGCGCGGCAGAAGACAACCAGCUGCAGAUUUUCCGUCCUGCCCGCAAGCUCGUCGAGCCAGUCCAGCAGACUGUCCGCCAUGGAGAGGUUUCGGACUAG